CUCAGCAGCACGCACGACCUCGAGAUAAGCCCAAGGAAUGGGUUUGCUUUCGAUUUUAGAACUUUGAAAGCAAGGAGAGCAUCGGGGCAAUUAGUGCCUCCAUCACGACCGGGGGCACGGUGGGCAUGCCAAUCCCUGCACCAUCCCCACAUCACCUUGGAGACACUUCUUGUGCAGCUCUCGCUCAGCGUGCGAUUGUUAGGCGGCGCUGGUGUUGUUACCGCUGGGCGUCUGUUCUGGUGCAGGGGGAGAGGGAGGGGAGCAACGUGGUCAGCGUGUAGUAGCGAUGGUAGUGGUGGGGCUGGUAGCCACACACACUCAGUCAGUCAGCCAAGGAGCAUCGGGGAGGGGGAAGGUGCCUCGCUACUCACUUCUCGCCUCCUCCCAUCGCGUGCCGGGUGUAGUGCGUGGCCCAGAUGUGUGCCCAGACAUGUGGCCCUGUGUACGCCCGGUAGCUCAGUGGUUAGAGCGCUGGCUUCACAAGCCAAGCCAGAGGACCGGGGUUCGAUUCUCCGGCCGGGUGGAGAUAUUUGGGUGUGUCUCCUUUCACGUGUAGCCCCUGUUCACCUAGCAUGUCCGCUGCGAGCAUUGAGGUGCGAGUGUCGCCAAUGAGUGAGUGACGCUACUCUGCCGCUAUGAGGAUGUUCAAGUUUUUCGAGGGCGGCUCCUUGUCCCGGAGCAAAGACUCUGUACCGGUGGGUGGCAGGGAAGGUGCCGCCGCGGGUUUGGCGUCCAGCUGGGAAAGCUCAGGAGGGAGAGGGUCGGGCCUUGCGCGAAGCAUUUCCUCUCUAAAACUCGGGAGGUCGGGCCACCGCGGUGACAGAGGGAGUCAGGAGGAAGGCGUGGACCGCAGGCUUGACAAGCGGCUGUCAGUGAAGUCCUCAGCCUCGGGCAAGGGCGGUCCCGCCCUCCGUCGCAGCAACACCCUGCCCUCCAAACGCAGAGUGUCAGGUUUCUCACAUCCUCACCGCGAUGAAGUGAUCUCGGGGCGUGAGUCCCGCACUAGUCACGAGGGAGGCAGCACCACUACGGAGGGCAGUCGUUUCGCUGACACCUUGAGGAGGCUCAGUAGGAGGGUGACCGGCAAGAGAGGUCACUCGAGGCACACUGACGAGGAGCUGUCCCGAGGGUCGUCAGUGUGCACGCUGCGCCACGAGGACCAUGAGUUUCCCUCUCACUACCUCAGCGUGUCGGAGGUCGCCACCUCGGAGCUGGUGUCUCCUGACGUCUCGCUGAUGGAUCUGGGCUCCAUCGACGCAACACCCACCAUCAGCCCCUUCGGGAGCCAAGGCCUGGCCUUUCCUCGCCAGGCGUCGCUGGGCUCCCUCAAACACGUUCGUUCCCACGCCCACACUCUCUCUCCUGAUCUCAGCGCCCUCUGUCACAUCCUGGCCAAGUUCAGGGACCCCAGAGGAUGUCCUCAGCAUGAGAUCUACGAGAACGUGAGCCCAGGCCACAGCAGCGAUCUGCUUGGCACCAAUGGCCUACGGCCCCACAGCCCUGCCUCCAGCCUCACCUCCUCGGCACGUGGGGAGAAGGGGUCAGGGGUCAACGGCCGCCAAGAGGUUGGGGCACAGGGUCACGCGUGCCCCAGCUGUCAAGUGUCCUUCCUGACAACCCUGCAGCUGCUGGACCACUGGGCCACCUUCCACACACACGACGACCUCCACACGCUCCCUCCGCGACCCCACUACGGCGGCCAUGCGCUGGAAGAGCGGGACAAGAGCACUCACCUCCUGCCUGGGCCUCGGGAGGGAACACUGAAGGAAAUCACAUCGAGCCAGCAGCAGCAGCAGCAACAGCAGCAGGAGGACCCCACCAGCUCCCAGCCGAGCACAGUGGAGACCCAGCGCCAUGUGUUCAAGGUCAAGAAGAUCAAAAAGGCGCGGGCGUGUCAGGUGUGCCAUCAGCCCGUGGUCAAGAUUGGUUCCUGCUGCCGAGUAUGCAAGUACUUGGUGCAUAAGGCGUGCGAACCCAAGGUACGGUAAUAGAGUGAACACGUACGAGGCUGCAUGUAUGGUUGUGAGUACUAGAUUGAUUACUAUUGCAA